AACCUUACAUUUCAUUUUAAUAUAAAAAAGAAAAGAGAUAUGUCGGCUUUCCCAAUAUUCCGGCUGCCGGAGGUGUUGAAUCCGGUCAUAACCACUCAUCACCGCCAUGGAUUCAAUCGUCCAAAAUUCCCUGUCUCAAGAUGUUGUAUGCGAAAUCCUGUUGAGACACGAAGAAAUGGUGGGAAUCAUUACGAGUUGCUUGGCGUAUCUGUAGACUCCAAUUUUAAAGAAAUAAAAGAAUCCUACAGAAAACUACAAAAGAAAUACCACCCUGAUAUUGCAGGCCAACAGGGUCAUGAACAUACGCUUCUAUUGAAUGAAGCGUAUAAUGUGCUAAUGAAAGACUAUUUAAGAAAAGAUUAUGAUGCUUCAAUUGGCCAUGUAAGGGUCGGGUUUGUUGGAGAUUCAUUGGACAUGGGUUAUAGCUCGUGGAAUGGACCGUUUCGCCCUCAAGCACUCUUUGUCGAUGAGAAAGCUUGCAUAGGUUGUAGAGAGUGUGUGCACAAUGCCCAUAAUACAUUCAGAAUGGAUGAGAUUAUUGGAUGUGCUCGAGUGAAUGUUCAAUUUGGAGAUGAUGAUACUAGCAUUGAGGUAGCAGUGGACUCAUGCCCAAUGAAUUGCAUCCAUUGGGUGGAAAGAGAAGAGUUAGCAAUACUUGAAUACUUUAACAUCCCACGACCUAAACAAGGCCAUGGUGUAUUUGGACAAGGAUGGGAAAGACCUCAAAAUGUCUUCAUGGCAGCCAAGACCUUCCAAAAACAGCAACAAUCUCAAUCCCAACAAAAAAACGUAAGAUGCGAUGUGGAACAAGAAACAGAAGCACAGGCACAUGCUCGAGAAAGUGCAAGCUUAAAAUUGGAGAUGGAGAAAUUUUCGGGAUUGUGGGAGUGGGUGAAAAAAAUAUCGGCUUUUUAGAUGAAAAACUUAGGUUACUAUAGUUAAAAUGUAAAUAUAUAAUUAUGUAUGAAUAUAUAUGUAUGUAUAUAUAAAGAAA